ACGAUUUUGAUUCCGGGACGCGCCUAAAUUACAUCUGAUCAUUUUAAUCUUACAAUUUUAUGUUAAUAUUCAGCAUUCUGGAGCUUUCGAUUAUAUAUACAGUAUUUAUAUAUAUGGUUAAUGAUCUUGAGUAAUCCUUAGGAUAUCUAUUUAGUGUAUAUACCGGUAUAUUUUGAAGGAUAAACAAAUUAAGUUAUUGUUUUUAGAAUUGAUCUCUGGAACAUUCUACACACUGCUGGGAGUGUUUUUGAAAAUAAAAUAAGAAGAAAAGAAAAAAAAAAGAAGCAGAAUUUUGGUCUUUAAGUCUUAAGAAUGAACAAAGCCCCAGCGAAGACCGAGAUGAGCCAUUUUAACACCCCUCCAGAGACCGACAGCAACGAGUACACAAGUUAUGAAGACUGUCGCACCAAAGUCCCUCUCAAUGGAUUGCAGUAUAACGAUGUGGACGCGGAGAGUCAGAACUUCCUGCCCGAUCAUCAUUUGGGAAAGAAGAAAUAUGAAGAAUAUAGCACUGGCUCGGCAUCGUUUGGAAUGUCUGUGUUUAACCUCGGAAACGCCAUCAUGGGAAGUGGAAUUCUCGGGCUUUCCUAUGCCAUGGCCAACACUGGCAUCGCCCUGUUUGUGAUCCUGCUGGUCUGCGUGGCCAUUUUCUCCUUAUACUCCGUUCAUCUGCUGCUCAAAACGGCCAAUGAAGGAGGGUCUAUGGUGUAUGAACAGCUGGGCAACAAGGCGUUCGGAAUUCCGGGAAAACUGGCGGCAUCUUGUUCCAUCACCAUGCAGAACUUUGGAGCUAUGGCGAGCUACCUCUACAUUGUGAAGUACGAGCUGCCAAUCGUCAUUAAGGGCUUCUUGGACAACCCUGAUGCCAACAUGUGGUACACUAACGGCGAUUACCUGGUGCUCAUCGUAACCGUGUCCAUCAUUUUGCCGCUCUCGCUGCUUAAAAACUUGGGUUACCUGGGAUACACAAGCGGGUUUUCCUUGUUGUGCAUGGUGUUCUUCGUUAUUAUGGUGAUCUACAAGAAGUUCCAGAUCCCCUGUCCUCUACCGGAAGACUUCAUUAAUAUCACAACGAACAACACCGUGCCACCGCAGCACAACGCCACCGAUGAAAACUGCUGCCAACCCAAGUACUUCGUCUUUAACUCGCAGACCGUCUACGCAGUACCCAUUCUCACCUUUGCGUUUGUGUGCCAUCCGGCCAUUCUGCCCAUGUAUGAGGAGCUCAGAGAUCGUUCCAGAAAAAGGAUGCAGAGUGUGGCAAACGUGUCAUUUCUGGGCAUGUUUGUGAUGUAUCUGCUGGCCGCUCUGUUCGGAUAUCUGACCUUCAACGAGGCCGUGGAACCCGAGCUCCUGCACACGUACUCCAGGGUCUACAGCUUUGACAUUUUGCUUCUGAUCGUCCGUUUUGCCGUCCUGAUCGCAGUAACGUUGACCGUGCCCGUGGUUCUCUUUCCGAUUCGUACCUCCGUCAACCAGCUGCUCGGCGCGUCUAAAGGCUUCAGCUGGCCGCGUCACAUCUGCAUCACCGUCGCGCUGUUGGUCUGCGUCAACAUCCUCGUCAUCUUCGUUCCCACCAUCAGAGAUAUCUUCGGAUUCAUCGGUGCGUCUGCCGCAGCUAUGCUGAUCUUCAUCCUGCCGUCGGCAUUUUACAUCAGACUGGUGAAGAAAGAGUCCAUGAAGUCCGUGCAGAAGAUCGGGGCGUUGCUGUUCCUUAUCCUGGGUUUCAUCGUCAUGAUCGGCAGCAUGACUUUGAUCGUCCUCGACUGGAUUCACAACGCCACCGCUUCAGAAACCCACACCAACGGGAACUAGUGGGUGUGUCCCAACUCUGAUUGACAGGAGGAGGCGGAGCAAAGCCACUCAAACUGCAAUUUAACUAAGCUGCUCUUUUAUCAGCGCGGAGCAAAAACAAACAUCCAUUCUGAGAGAAUGUCUUGAACUUUGUACAGUAUUGCUGUUAGCCCACAAUGAUGGUGAUCAGCUGUUAAUGUUGUGCUUUUCCCCAUUGAUCUGAUUUGUUGUUCAUUUUAGUUGGUUUUGUGUUGAUUUCUGGUGGUACGUUGCUCAGAGGGUCGAUCCGUUCGUGCUCCGCUUUUCAGGUUUGACAUCUUGUAUCGCAACGUUUUGAUUUCACCGAUCUAUUGCAAGCAGAGCGUCUGCAUUGCGUUUGACUUCCGUUUGUACCUUUUGCCAAAAAUAUUGAUGAUUGUGUGUCAAAAAGCACUUAACCGUCAGUAAAUGAGAAAAUUGUCCGUUCGCACAUUUUCGCUAGGCAUUUGUUACAAUGCUACUCAUGCUGUACUACUUGAGUCGCCUUUACCUGUCGUUUAGAUCUAUUAAUGAGCAAAUAUUGAUCUGUAGUUGUUUGUUUCUAACAGGUAGAGCAACUAAAUCAAUUUACUGAAACCUUAUUUAAAGCCCAGGCGACGGCUAAUCGCCGACUACAGGAGCGUUUAACCAAAAUACAUCUCAUUACUGAGAUAUCUUGACUUGUGAACGCCUUUUAAAGAUGCUGUGAGCGAUUCGCAACCACUAGGUGGCGCCAGAAGAUUCCAAUCCGUUUAAAUGUUAGCUGGAGUAAAAAGCGUUGGCUGUCAUGACAACUCCGAAUAAUUAAUUAUAUCAACGUAGCUAACCUUUGACCUUCGCUUCAUGACCUCCGGUGAGACGCUGUCUAUAAAACUGUGACCGGACCGCUUGCAAGCUCUCGGCCGGCUGAACACCACUUUGUGCUUGCAUUUGCCGUUUAUGUCGUGCUGCUUACCCGAGCGGCGUGAGCGCUGGAGGUCGUAGCGGUUUGUUAAAUGACUCCAGCAGGGACCUCUUGUUUGGACAUUUUAUCUUUGUACUUGCACUCGUUCUGGUGGAUCACACUCCUGUUUAUCAUUGGCACUAUCGAUGACCAUCGCAUGACCCAGUGGUAUGUGCGGUCAACAUGGCAGCGCCCAUGAGGGGGCGACCCGCUCGAUGUAAAAUCAAACCGCUUUUAUUGGGUUUCUGAUAUGACUGGAGUCAUCAUCUCAUGUGCAUAAUAAUGCAAUUCAUGUCUUUUAUGUGUAAAACUUAGUUUUACGCCAAAACGUACUUGGCGUACCUUUUAACCGUUACAUCACUCGUUAAGCAAAGACGCUAAUGUGAGUGAAAACACUGGAGACCGGAAAUUGAAAACAGUCGAAUCGUGGAGCACUUCCGCGCGGUGAUUGACAGGCAGAAAGUCUUCUGAUUGGCUAAACAAAUUGGCUUUUUCGCCGCUGUUUACCGAGUUCAAUUUCAAUGAUAUCUGACCGAAAAUAAAGCCGUUUUUGGCACGUCGUAUAAUUGAAAAAUCACAUGCAGCACCUUUAGCGAAUUAAGAACACUCUUGGUUUUGUUAUAACUGCUUUGUAAUGCCGAAACUGCACCGAAUCACGCGGCAAAAAGACUGCCAGUGUUUAAAUGUACUUACCAUUUCAGUGUUUGCCAGCGGCAGCUUGAAGUUGUUCCUUGAGCGAGAGACAGAGAGUUACAGAGAGAGAGAGAGAGUGUGUACCGCGGUCACUGCUCACACCUCACUUGUGCUUCCAACGGCUAAACCUCACGUGUCAUCCAACCUGUUACUCUCCAACCGUUAUUUAUGGAAAAACAUCAGUGUAAUUUAAUCUGUAUUUAUAUAUUGUAUAUAUGUGUAUAUAUUCCACCAAUUGAACUGUAAAUAGAUGCUGUCAUUUAUUUCUUUUUUUCAAUUUUGCUCAAUAUGUUUGAAAUAUGAAAAAUAGCUUUAGAACCGCAGUGUUCAUGUGUUCCUCAGUGUGUCGGGGGCCAAAGGGAAAUGGGGCCCCUGAACAUCCUUUCGACACAAAUGCACCUUUUACACUACGAUGCUGUAUUUAAACCAGCAGAGGGGUGGAGCGCUCCUCAUGUGCAAGAGGCCAUUCCUGCGAAUGAUACGCUCUUGUUUCAAUGAAACACUCUGUAUAUCGUGUAAUUAAUGUCUAAUAAAGGUUCGAGAUCACUCCUCCAUGUGUCUCAUUGUCUCCAUGUGUAAG